AUGUUCAGCUCUGAGCGCAAGGCGAGAACCUCGGACGUCCUCGUCCGCGCCCUCUUGAAGGUCCUCGCAGACGGCCCUCGUGCUGAAGACAUCCCCUUCAGACAGUCAGAGGGUGGAGUCUGUGUCUAUGAGAACACCCCCUUUGUGCGGAAGGUGCAGCAGGCCUACCGCAGCCUGUAUGGAGAGGGCAAGCGUGCCGUGUCAAAGUUGCCCAGGCGUGAGGUUGCAGGGACCCGGGUGCGAUCCAAGGGGAGAGCUGCCUUCCUUCGACGCCGAAAUAAUCAGGCAGAAAGCAUCCCCAAUGCCACCGCCCUCGAGGAUGAUGGGGGCAGCACUUCUCUGUCUUCUCUGCAAAAAACGACAGAGAAGUCUCACGACCAAGGCACGAAGCGCAAGGCCUACUGCAGCCUUCUCAGCAGCCUCGCGACCAAGGCAAAGCAGAAGCGCAAGGUCCUCGACGCCCUCCUCCUCGGUCCUGGCAACGGCCUCGAGGCACAGGAGAAGCUGAGAAUUCAGAGGGAAACCCAGGACCAGGAAGCGCUUCCGCUGGAGCGGGUCGACUUGCAGAAGGCGAUCCAGCACAAGCUGUUUCUGCAGCACGAGCUUACAGCCAUCGUGUUGUGUGGUGGCCGGCCCUCGUCCUCGCAGGACAAGAUCCUGUCGAGGCUGAAGGCGAAGCUCUUCCUGUUCGAGGCUUCCAAUGCCAAGGGUCUGCUGCGGCAGCUGUCGCCCAAGUACAAGUACGUUAUUUGGGUAGCAUCAACGGCAGAUGCUGAGACGGCGUUGAUCCAGGGCAAGGCCAAGCACAACAUCAGCAUGACCGAGGUCGUCAUGACCCGUUUGCUGGGAGGAUACUUGGCUGGGCCCGAGUGGAUGGCAGCUUGUUUUGACACAGACCACAAGCUGGUAAUGCCAGUCCUCUCCCUAGACCCCGCCCUCGAACGAAGCAUGGAACUCGUCCUCGGUGACAGCGUGACCUACAAGAGCGACGCCUUGCUGGUGAUCUCCUUGGCCAGCUGUGCGAACCGCUGGACAGUACGGGCGAAGAGAUCUGAACUGAGGAAGAAGCGUUCCUGGGUGGUCGUCGGCGACACGCACAAGGUCUCGGUUGCGUUCAAGAACAAGGGAGUCGUGGUGACUGAGUCCAACUUCCUGGUGCACUUGAGCAAGCCGCUCUGA